AUGGACACAACUUUCGUUAUUGACUCGUCUCUGUGUGAUAGUGAGAGCAAUUGGAAUCGCUUGUUGUACUUUGUGCAAACUUUGGUCAACUAUUUUAAUGUGUCACCGUCAGGAGGUCGUGUUGCGUUUGUUCCUUACGGUACUAAUGCUAGUGUAGUUCUUAAGUUUAACUCAUUAAGCGGAAUUAAUCUUAAUGGAGCAGAAGUCAAGAAACGACUUGAUGGCUUAAGAUGCCAGGGUGGUUUUAGACGAAUCGACAAAGCAUUGGAUCUUGUAGACAGGGAGGUGCUGACACCCGCUGGUGGACUGAGAGACAUUUCAAGGGUAAGUUGGAGAAGGAAGAAUAACCGCACAAAUUGACCAAUAACACGCUAGGCACCUGGUGGAUCAAAAGACUGACUUUGUGUUUUUCUAUUGUUUGUCUGCAGCCCGUAUUUGUGAUCACGACUGGAAAGCAAACAGCGGACCAGGGCGUAUACCUACCUCUGGAUAUAGCCUCCUCUCGCCUUCAGAGUAAAGGAGCGGCCGUGUUUGUGUUGGGUAUAGGAGAGGACGUGGACACCUCAGAACUGAACGAAAUUGCUUCUAGCCCUGACAACGUUUUUAGAGUGGAUUCUUUUGAGGACUUGGACGAAAGGGUACCAACGAUAAGAAGAGGAAUAUGC